AUGGCUUCUUAUUCCAAUGAUGACUUAUCAAAGCUUCCAAAAAAUCUAUUGUACAAAAAUAUUGAUCGUAAUCAAUGGCCAAUAGUUUAUUCGUCGAAUUACAACAUUGGUUUUCUCUAUUUGGAAAAACUUCAUCCAUUUGAUUCCUCAAAAUGGGGAUCAAUCAUCAAUUUUCUUCGACAAGCAAAAAUGAUUAUAGAUGAAACAAUAGUUGACCCAAACGAAGCAACGAUAGAAGACCUUCUUAAAGUACAUACAAAACGUUAUUUAUCAAGCCUUAAAUGGAGUAUAGCAGUCGCACGUGUUCUUGAAAUACCGCCAGUAGCUCUCUUACCUAACUUUAUUAUUCAAUGGAGUGUUCUGAAACCGUUACGAUACCAAACUGGUGGAACUAUUCUUGCAGGAAAAUUAGCAUUAGAAAGAGGUUGGGCAAUCAAUGUUGGUGGUGGUUUUCAUCAUUGUUCAUCGGACAGUGGUGGUGGUUUUUGUGCUUAUGCUGAUUUAACAUUACUUAUUAUCAAUCUUUUUACUUAUUUUUCUGAUCGAAUCAAGAAAGUUCUCAUCGUUGACUUGGAUGCACAUCAAGGUAAUGGACAUGGACGUGAUUUUAUGCACGAUGACAGAGUAUUCAUUAUGGACAUGUACAAUCGUCAUAUCUACCCUCGUGAUCAUCAUGCUAAAAAUGCUAUUCAAUGUAAAAUUGAAUUAGACAAUCAAACAGACGAUAAAACAUAUCUUCGUUUAUUACAUAACAAUCUUAAAAAUUCUUUAAAUGAAUUUCAACCUGAUUUUGUUGUUUAUAAUGCUGGAACAGAUAUACUUCAAGGAGAUCCACUUGGAAAUCUUGAUAUUACACCACAAGGUUUAAUCAUUCGUGACGAAAUUGUUUUUUCAAAAUGCAUUCGAGAAAAACAUAUUCCAAUUGUCAUGUGUACUUCCGGUGGUUAUCAAAGAACAAAUGCUCGAGUUGUAGCAGAUUCUAUUUUAAAUUUGUAUACUAAAAAGUUAAUCUCGUGUGAAUCAAUCUAA